AUGAGUGCAACCGACCAGCCUGGCCUCGAGGCCCAGGACGAUGAGGACUACUAUAUGAACAUGACGUUCGACAACCCCCAGCCUCCCAAGGAAACGUCCAUACAGCGCACACAACGCCUGAAAAAGGAGUCGCGCGCCCGCGGCGUCAUCAAGUCCAAGGCGCAGAUUGCCCAGGAAGAGGCGGACGCGCGUGAAAAGGCGCUGGCCAAGUCCAUGCUCGACGAUCCCCGCGCCAAGAAGAGCAAAGGCCUCGCCAUGAUGGCCAAGAUGGGCUUCACCGGCGGCGGCCUUGGCAAGAAGACGGCCGACGGCCUACCCCAAGGCCGCACGGAGCCCAUCCACCUCAGCCUCAAGGACGACCGAGGCGGCGUCGGCAUGGACGCCGAGAAGAAGCGUCGCUUUCGCGAGGCCGCCGAGGAGCAAGGGAUCGCGCCCGACGCCAAGGCGCCCAGGCUGGACCCGGACGAGUACCGCGAGCGCGUUCGAAAGGAGCGCGAGGACGCGAAGCUGGAGAAGCAAUUCUUUGCGGCGCAGCGCAUGGCCGAGCGCAUGGCUGAGGAAGAGGUCGGCGCAAAAGACGAUGGCAGCGAUGAUUCCACCGAGCAAGAUGACAAAAGAGGCAAAAAGACACACGUGUCGGCGAAACCGCUCAAGUCGGUGCCGAUUCUCUACCGAGGACUCGUGCGCCACCGCGAGGAAAAGGAGCGCGAUCGCCGCAUGCGCCACGACCUGGAGCAGUCGCUCUCUCGCUUGCCCAUGUAUGAAGAAGAGGACGACGACCCUGAUUACAAGACGGCGCUCGGAAAGCCCGGUGCAAUCUACACAGUAGCCGAGGAUCUCGACGAGGAAGACGCGGAGCUGGACCAGUUUAAUGCCCUAGAUGUGCGGGAGCGGUUGGAACGCCUGCUGAAGCACCUGCGGGAGCAGCAUAGAUAUUGUUUCUGGUGCAAAAUGGUAUAUCCAGAUGCGGAGAUGGAUGGGUGCCCAGGUCUCACGGAGGAGGAUCAUGAUUAA